AUGGAAGCACUCGUGUUCCGUGAUACGCCAUUGGCACAGUAUCUUGAAGGUGAAGGAGAACCUGGGGAUUGGAGCAUCGAUCCAUCAGACAACAAUGACGCCAGCAGUAGUAGGAACUCGCCCAAUUUACAACCAUUAAACUUCGCUCCAUCAUCUCUUCUCGUUCCGAAAACUAGAAAGAAGGCUCUCCGUCCACUACAGAUUCAGAAUCCAGGAUGGUAUCAAAACGCAAACUUGAAGCAGGUCAUGUCGGGAGGCCUCAAAUCUCGGCUAGCCGCCGGGGAAAACCUCCAAUUCGUUGAGCGUUUUCGUUACAUUCUCGUUGCCUCCCAGCUCCUAAAUGAACAAGCAUCAGUCGCAAAUUACGAUGGCCGAGAUAUUUCUUCCCUUCCGACGCCAUCAACCGCCGUUCCGCCUGCCGACAAUAAUCCAUUCACCGUAAUUACUUGGUUUGGUUCGCCGGGGCCCCGGUUUUACGCCUAUACUGCCGCUAGCAUCAUCAUUCUCUCCAUCUUGAUAUCAUACCUGUCUCGUGGCGGAUCCGAACGGAAGCUGGCCUUUGGGAAAUCAAGGGCAGCGAUUUCCUUGAUGCUCUCUAUGGUUUUAGCGCUAUUGGUGUUUGCUCAUCUUCGAAGGAAGAAACUCCGCCACUUGCGUACAGAUGCCAUUUCCGCCGCCGAGCAAUUUGUUGAAAAUUGCCAGAUGUUCGAUGUCGUUGUCGGAAACGCGAUAACAUUGAUUCAGGAAAUUGAGCUGGUAUCUCGAGGUUACAGGCUCUCUCAGCCAUUGCCGCCAAUUACACGGCUAGAAAGAGCAGAUAACUCUCGGAAAUGCGCACGCUUGCGCCGGACUAUUGCGGAGAGCUUCAAACUUACCAUCUCUCCGACUUGCCGGGCUAUCGAAGCCAUAUCUGCCUUCCCCAAAGUCUCAGACUUAGAGAAAUUUUAUGAUGUCUAUGACAUUCACAUCAACGACUUGCAUGAUGCUAGUUUUGGUAUCGACGAGUCCGAGUUCGAGGAUAUGGAGAGCUUGAAAUCGCUGAAGGCGCUGUUCCAGAGGCUUUACACUAUCCGCAAGAUAUUCGUAUGUCAUUUACUUGCUUUGGAGGCUAACGGUGGACAUAGAGAUCACACACAGUGGCACGCUGUGGGAACUCAAUUGUACACCAUUAGCCGUCUCAUGGGAGAUUUAGCGCAGGAGGCUCGCAGCAUCUUAACCGAAGAAACCGAUUUUAAAAUACCAUCUACACCUAUCGUUGGAACGACACCUGCCCAUGCUACGGGUAGCGGCAUUUCAGCGGUUAAUAGAGAGCGGUUGAGGCAGCAACUAAGAAAAUUCAAUGGGUUGUCGACAACAGUGAGAGGCUUGCAGGCAAAGAUGCAUUUGUUGAGGGAGGGGACGGACAAGGCAUUGCAGAGCACAUCGCAGGAGCCACUAGCCGAAGGUUUCGGACCCGAACUAUUGAGUCAAUAUGAUGAGAUCGGUGUUGAUUUGAGAGGGCUGCUUGCGGAGUGGGAAAGCGGACGAGCCAGUCUGGCGAACGCAUUGGAUAAGUUGAAGGAUAAUGGAUGUGGUGGUAUCAGUCCUGCGAGCAGCAGGCCCGUUAGCAUGAUUUUCUCGCAGCCGAUGGCGAGCCCUGGAAUGAGCCAGGCCGGAACGCUGGUUGGUGCAAGCCCAAGAACCAGUGGAAGCUGGGACGAUGCGGAGAGGGAUGCAAUUCUCAGAAAGAGGAUAUCUGUCGGCUCCGAUUUUCUGAGAGCUUCGAUCGCCGCGGGCGCAAGCGAUGAGGAAGAGAUCUUUGAAGGAAUGUCGGACCCGACAAAAGGUCGUGAAAGAAGUAAGCUGACGAGAGAAGAGAGGAUUGCGAAGAUGAAGGAAGAUAGACAAAAAGCUAUGGAAGCGAGGAGACAAACCGAGGCGAAUAUCAGUUUGGUGAGGGAAUUGAGAGAUGUUCUGGAGAGUCGAGUAGGGGCACUGCCGUCAGCGAAGCGGAGAAGCUUACCAGCUGCAAGAAGCAGGUUAAGUUUGGAGUUGAUAAAAGUCGCAGAAGCGAAUAGGAGUGCGAAUGGACAGGAUGGGAGGCUGAGCGCCCCGAUUACACCUGCAACAAUUGCUCCUGUGGCUGUUGCGUUCCCCCCUGCACCAGCAUUCGAAGAUGAAAGGACGAUAAUCUCACCAGUACAGGAAGUCGAGUAG